AUGGAGGGGAAGGAACAAUUAAUCUUUAGCUUCUACUGUCCCAAGGUUCCCAAAGUCAAGGGGUACCGGAAAUACCAAAGGCCUACCCUCCCCACCAACCAACAUCCGAGUGCCUCGAUGCCACCCCAGAGGCUGCAGCAGCAUGUGGAUCAGACACACACCUACAUCCGAAUGUUCUGUGGCAGCCUCUGUGGUUUUAGCCUCCUAAUGCUGAUCUGCGUGUCCCCACUGAACUGGGUGCAGUUCCUGGUGAUCAACAAUGGCCUUGAGCUCUACGCAGGACUCUGGAUCUCAUGCAACCAUGAGCUGUGCUGGAGCCACACACCCAAGCCACCCUAUUACCUCCAAUAUUCCAGGGCCCUCUUCCUCAUCUCUGUCCUCACCAUACUUGUUGCUCUUGGCUGGCUCUUCAGAUCUUGCCUCCCUAGAAGAGGAAGAAUGACUCCUAACUUGGAUCUGAAGGUAUCCAUGCUCAGCUUCAUCUCAGCCUCCUGCUUGCUCCUCUGCCUCAUCCUAUUUCUGGCACAGGUUCACUGGCAUUCUAGGGAUGCCAUGGAGUCAGCUCUCCUAUGGACCUACCAUAUGAAUUGGGGGAGUGACUUCUUAUACAUGUUUGCUGGGAUUAUCUCCUUCCUCAACCACAUAACUUCCAGAUCUCCUCCCCUUGAUCAAGAUGUCACUGCAGUUCCCAUAGACAAGUCAAGGCUGGGGAUUGGUCCAGUGACUACAGUAUCGCCUGCUGAAGAUGCUGGGUCAGGGUCUCAGACAGAAUCUACAAGUGAGAAAGAGAAAAAACUAUCAAGUACAGAACUGUGAUGGUGAUAGGAUAACCCAACUACUUCCUGUCUUAAAACAGGGGAGAAGCUAACUGAGUAGGGAAUGAUUGUGCAGAUUCGAGGAAACUCUCCUAAUAUCAUGGCCAUAUUACUGAAGGAGAGAGCUUUAAAGCUGAUGAAAUGUCCUUUGUGUAUGUUGCAUCCAAAAUAUGUAUGAUAGUCAUAAAGAAAAUACUGAAAACUCACCCGAGACAAAGUUUCUAAAAGAAAAUAUCAGUGUUUAGGGCCAUGAAUGAAAGAAACUAGCAAUAGAUGCAGUGCGUGAAUCAGAGCUCUCUUUGGGCAUCAGGGAUUUCAUAGACCAGAAUGGUCAAUGUAGAAAAAUGUCACCAAAUUUUGUUUGAAAUUUUCUUUAUCGUGUGUGGCUUUGGGAAUACCCAGGAUGGAAGGCAUUUGAACAAUAUUGUUGAUUCUAAUUGGAGAUCAUUACCAGAAAUGGAAUGAACAACAAUGGAGAUAAUACCUACCACCCAAAGGAGGUGAGAGGUGCUGGGUAGAUUCUGGGGAAUCCAUGACAUCCCACUUCUUAUGAAGAUUGGUAAUUUGAAAACCUUACAGUCUAUCAGGUAAACCAACUGCUUCUCCCUAAGCUAGAGGUUAUGUUAACCAGGCAUCCAUAAACUCUCUGAAAUUCUAUACAAAA